UUCUCUUUUUUCUUUAGCUUUUUCUUUUUUUUUUAAAAAAUCGACUAAAUAUAUAAACAUACUUGAUAUAAUCUUCAACAUCAUCGUCGUCAUCAUCAACAUCAACAUCACCAUCAUCAAUAAUAAACAAUCAACAACAUCAACAGCAUUGUAAUUAAGUUCAUUUUUAAAAGGCAUUUUAUUUUUCCUCAAAUAAUAAUAAUUAUUUUUAAGAUAAAGUGAAUAUAUCAGUUGUUGGAAGAAAAAACAACAAUUUCAAUUAUAUGAUUAUAAGCAAGAUGCAUACAAUUGGAUCAAAUGCUAAUAUACCGACUUUCAUAUUGAAAUUAUGGAAAUUGGUUUGCGAUGAAUCAAGCAAUGAUCUCAUCUGUUGGAAUAGGAAUGGACGUAGUUUUAUUAUCAAAGAUCAGGGGCGUUUUGCCAAAGAAAUUUUGCCAUUAUAUUUCAAGCACAGCAAUAUGGCCUCAUUUAUUCGUCAAUUAAAUAUGUAUGGAUUCCGUAAAGUGUCAAAUAUUGAACAUGGUGGAUUAAAAUCGGAUGGAGAUGAAGUAGAAUUUUUUCAUCACCAUUUCUGUCUUGGACAAGCAGAUCAAUUGGAAUUGAUCAAACGCAAGAUGUCUACAAACAACAAUAGCAAAUGCUUGACUAGUAUUACUAAAGUUGAUGACAUUCAGGAUAUAUUGGCUGAUGUAGAAUCCAUGAAAGGACGGCAAGACUCUGUUGACACCUUGUUGAAUAAUUUGAAACAAGAAAAUGAAGCUCUUUGGCGUGAGAUUGCCAUUUUACGACAAAAGCAUCUUAAACAGCAGCAGAUUGUCGAAAAAUUACUUCAAUUCCUAGUUUCGAUUGUUCGAAAUAGAGUCGUUGGUGGUUUGAAACGCAAAGCUCCUCUUUUGAUCGAUUCCAACGUGUCGAACAGUCGUAAAAUAAUAAAAAAUAAAGAUAGUAACACUAUCUGUAUUCCUUCACCACCUUCAAACAGUGGUCCGAUCAUUCAUGACAUAACAGAUCUAAAGGAUUCUCCCAAUGCAAGGAAUGAUUCUCUUAAUAAUGGUUCACCAUCCUUCAUAAAUGGAUUACAAUUGGAUUUGGAUGAUUCGAAUAACCAUAAAUUGUUGCAAACGUCAAAUUCCGACCAAACAACAUCGUUGAUUUCUUCAAAUAAUGUUGGAGAAGGAAAAAAUUUAUCCAACUCCAAAGAUACAAUGAUUGAUUUGCCCCAAAUUUUUGAAAUCGAUUUAGCUAAUCAGGCGAACAACUCCCCAUUAGUGAACAAUCUUAUUAAUCAACAACAUCAACCAAAUUACACUAUUGACAAUGCUGAUUCAAUCAUCACUGAAGCAGAAUUGUUGAAUACUAUUAAUCACGUCUCACAAUCAGUACCUCAACCGACCACUUCUAACCAUCAAAACAACUUCAGUACAGAUUUAAUUCUGCCUUCUAAGCAGAAAGCAACCAAUUCGGCUAAUUUGUCUAAGAUUACUUCUGAUUUUGGUGUUUCUUCAUGUAGGAAUUUCAAUGAUCAUGUUGAAGGAAUCGAUACUGAACUUAAUUGGCUCCAAGAUCAACUUUACGGUGGUUCUUUGAAUAUCGAUCCAUCUACUUUGCUAUUUUCGUUCGAUAAUCAAUUUGGUGGUCUGGAUCCAGGUUCCGCGAAUGAACCAAAUACCAUUCCGAAGGCUAUCAUGGAUGGUGGACACCACUCUGCUGGAGCUGUUAACACCAAUUCCAGUAAUCAUAAUAAAGUGAUCAAGAUCGAGGAUGAAAAUUCCAGUUCAAGCCUGUUUGAUAACCUUGAUUUGUCUAACAUCGGAAACGAUACAAAAGGUUUGUCCCAACCAAUGAUAUUGCGUUCAUCAUUGUGGGAUUCUAAUGGUCAAAUUGCUGCAGAUAUUCUUUCAGAAUUUACCUCGGACAUCGAUUCUUCACAAUUCAAUUGAAUUUAAUUGUGUGUUAUAUGCUAUCAAUCCGAAAUAAUAUAAUCGUUCUCUUUCUCAUCAUUUCCAAAUUUUUACGGUCUACCUUUGAAUAUUUCGUUUUUGUUUCAAUCUUUCCCUUCACUAUUUCGCGUUCUUAUUCAUUUUUUGACACCAUUAUAUUAAUCGUUAGUUUUUUGUUUUUUUAAUUAUUU